CUUAUCAUGUGACAUGAACAUAUUUCCUGUACACCAGCGCUACACAACAGCACAGUAAGAGUAAAAUUGAAACAAAAUCGUGUUGCUCGUCGGAUCUAACAAAGGAAAUACCAAAAAAUACCAAAAAAGAAGACCAUAAAUCGCUGUAAAAUAAGGACAGGACUUGCUGUUGACUUGACACGGACACCUGACGUCUCGUUGUGAUGUUGGUUAGCUAGUUAGUGUUAACCGGUCGCGGCGUGAUUUAUUUAUUUUAAUUUGACUUAUUGAAAUCUAAGUAUUUACGAAACUGGAUUGACUUCUGCCGGUAACUGUCCGCUACACAACACUGUUGUGUUUACCUGGUCAUCGCGGUUGAGUUGAACCUCUUUUUACAUCUUGGCAAGAUCAAAACUGCCAAAGCAGUAACGUUACCAAAAUGUCAAAAUACACCACUUUUGCUGAAGCAGCUGAUGAUCAUAAUCCAUUUCAGGAUCCAUCAGUGACUCAGCACAGCAGCAACACUGGCUAUGCCACGUUGGACCUCUACAACCCAUUUGACAACAACACAACAGCGCCUCCACCUCCCUAUGAAGCCACAUCUCCUGCUGCACCUCCUGCCCAAACGCCUCCCAGCAGGACCACACCAACGGAGCCCAGGAAUUAUGGAUCCUAUGGAACACAGUCUGCAGUAAAUGCCACCACAGCAGAUCUGUUGAGGAAGCAAGAGGAACUAGAAAGAAAAGCAAAAGAGCUGGAGAGAAGAGAGAGAGAGCUGAAAGCACAUGCACUUGGAUCUGGAGCCGCUCGUCAGAAUAAUUGGCCCCCGUUGCCCUCCUUCUGCCCGGUGGGACCGUGCUUCUAUCAGGACAUUAAUGUGGAGAUUAGCCAAAGCUUCCAGCGCACUGUCACCACCAUGUACUACUACUGGAUGUUCACAGCAUGCACUUUGCUCUUUAACCUCAUCUCCUGUUUGGCUUGGUUCUGUGCGGACCCCUUGAAUGGAGUUGGUUUCGGCCUUGCCAUACUUUGGUUUCUCCUCUUCACCCCCUGCUCCUUUGUUUGUUGGUACAGGCCUGUGUACAAAGCCUUCAGGAGUGACAGUUCCUUCAACUUCUUUGCAUUUUUCUUCGUCUUCUUCGCCCAACUGGUGCUUUAUGUUAUCAUGACUAUCGGUAUCCCUGGCUGGGGCUUCAGUGGGUGGAUCGUGAGUUUAGCCGCUCUUAGCAAGAACAAGGCAGUGGGUGCGAUCAUGAUGAUAAAUGCUGUGCUCUUCACCGCUCAGGCGGCCAUGGGAGUGGUGUUGCUCAAGAGGGUUCAUUCUAUGUACAGGCAGACUGAAGCGAGCUUUGAGAAGGCCCAGGCUGAGUUUGCUACCGGCGUGCUUUCCAACCAGGCAGUGCGCCAGGCAGCCACCAAUGCCACUGUUUCUGCCGCACAAGGCGCCUUCACCGCACCCCGGUAGAGAGAGCUGAAUAAAAGAAAAGAAAGAAGAACCUGAUUGCUUACACAGCCUUGAAACAAAGUGACUUAUUCUAGCACUGGCCAAGUUGGAAACCAACACACUUACCCUAGACCCCUCGUGCAUGCAUGUCAAGACACACAAACUCAAAAUGAUUGGAUUUCUUUUUGUAUUCAUUGGUCUUGCUGAGGAUUAGGUCUUUAGUUUAGACAUGCAAACAGGAUCUAGGUGUUGGUUGAUUUAAUAGUCUUUCCGUUUUCAUGCUAGAAAAAGUCACUCUAAUAAUUUGUUCCCCAGGUUUUGGCUUAGAAUUCUGAAGCUUGUAAGUGUAAGGUACAGCAGCCUUGCAGAUUGAACAAAGACGUGCCACAUUCUGCCUUUGCUUUUCCCUUGACUUCUUUCUUCAUGUGUAAAUAGCUGUACAUGGCAAGGAAAGGGAUGGUUUCAUUGCUCUAGAAUGGAGGUUACUACUUAGAACCUGUGAAGUUUAACUUGCCAAAAGUUUUUCUUAAAUGAAAGAGAGAAAUCCCGUAUCAUAUUUUAGAGAUUCAUGACUCAGUUUAUUAGUCUGUUGGUGGAUGGAUUUCUUGCUUUGACCUUUAUUUAUGAAAACGCAUGUUCUGAUGCAGCUUAAACUACUGUAUGUACUUCUUUGCAGUUAUACACGACUAAUGUUUUAUUUUCAUGAGUUGAGGCUGUCGAACUUCAUACCUUGAUAUAAAACUCACAAUUUCUUAUCAACGUGGUAGCGGAGAUUGCUGCGGUUAUCAGUGGCCAACAUAUCCGAGUUGCUUUUGUGAUUUGUAACUUUUCUUCUUUUUUUGUAAUUUCAAUCUAACGUUUUGUCUAACACUAUAGUAUAUGCCUAAAUGGAAGUAUUACUUGGUUGUUUUACUGUUAUUGUAUUGCUGCUGUAUGUUCUUGUAACUGUCACUGUGUUAUUUGUUUUAUUAAAGGUCAUGAAUAUGCAUCUUA